AUGAAUACAUUUGCAGCUUUUACCGAAAUUCUAGGAUUAUUGAAUGUCUUAAUUAUCACAAAUAGUUACUCAUCGGUUAUCCAGAAAUCAUCAAAUGAAUAUCCCAUUGAUCAAACCAUUUCAUACUCUUUACCAAAAGAAUGUACGCUUUUACCAAAUCAAAAAUUCCUUAGUGUAUUACCUGGAUUUGGAUGGGAUAAUUUGGUCAACCGUGAAAGAGGUCCUAUAAUAGAUGUAGAAAAAUAUUCACUAUGUCGACGUUCUGCAGACGGAAACUUUCUAAUUCCAGAUGAUAUAACUGUUCAACCAAUAAAGAAUUCGAAAAUUAAAUUAUCCUCUGAAGUCUACGAAUCAAUUAGUCAAUGUCAUUCAUUAGUAGCUUAUUCAAUUAAUUCUGCUGUUGGUGGUGAAUAUUCAUUUUUUCGUAUUAAUGGAGAUUUUUCAUCGGAUAAAGAAACACUACGUGAAAAACUAAGUCAAAAAUUAGGACUUAUUGUUCAAAGUGAAAUGCGUCAUAAUCGUUAUUUUAUUCAAUUAAUACCUGAUUCAAAAUUACAUCCACGUUUUAAAAAUCGUCUAUUAGAUAUUGCUGCUUAUUUAGAACAUGGAAAUGUAACAAUGGAAACUAUUGAAUUAUUUAAUAAUGGUCUAAUGGGUAAUACAUUAAGAAAUUCAUUAGGAAUUGUAACAAAUGAUAAUUUUAAAUCACUAAGUCAAGGUACGAAUGCAUUUUAUCUUGCUGAUCUAGUUGUUCGCGAUUUUGGUACACAUUGUAUAAACUCAGUUCAUGCUGGAGGUGUUUUGGCCAAAAUUGACACAUUGGAUACAAAUUCAUUAAAUACUAAAAAAGAAGAUCGAUGGCAUUUGGGUGCAUCAGCUACAAUAAGUUUUGCUAAUAUCUUUAACGUUAAACUUGGUGGAUCUGUAAACAUUAAUGAUUCUUUAAUUCAAAAUUAUGAAAGUAAAAUAACGUAUAGUCAAGUUUUAACCUUUGGUGGCCCUAUUAUUUACAUGUCCGAUGUGAAUUUAUCACUUUGGGAAUCUGGUCUAGACAAUCAACUAGUGGCUAUUGACAGAAGUGGACAACCAAUUUAUGAAUUAAUUACAGAUAGAUCGUUACCUGAGUUACCUAGUCAUAUGAUAGUUCGACUGACUUCAACAAUUAAAUCAGCUGUUGAAAGAUAUUAUAAAGCUAAUACAGUAGUUGGCUGCAUGAAUCCUUUAUCAGUUUUUUAUGAUAAUGAAGCAAAUGUAGCUUCGCCAGAAUGUGAUCUACACAGUAAACAAAUUACAAAUUCAACUUUAUACCUUGGAGGAGUUUAUCAAAAGUGUACUGGUCCAGAUGAUUUAUGUCUUGGUGAAACUAUACCUAAUCCACUUACUGGUGACUUAUUCUGUUCACAAGGUUAUACAUCGAUACAACUGUUACCGCAACAAAUUAGAAAAUGUUAUAGUGUAUGCAGUGAAAAAUCCUGGUUUAAAAAUCCCGACUGUACAACUCAAUGCGCUAUUACUGAAUCUUACUGGUGUUCACGUGAUCCAUCAUUAUCAUCAUCUAAUAUAUUAGACAACAAUGAUAGUGGUUAUUUAUUUGGUGGUCUUUAUACAGAUAAAGAGGUGAACAGUUUAACUAAACAAUAUAAUUGUCCACAAUAUUACUGGCCAAUAACACUUGGUCGACGUAUGCGUAUAUGUUUAUCAACUGAUCGUGAAUUAGGUGGUAAAUAUUCAUUACCAUUCGGUGGUUUCUAUAGUUGUUAUUCUGGUAAUCCUUUAACUGCUUUAAUUAAUAUCAAUCAAACUGAUGAUAUAGAUGGCAGUAGACAAAAUACUCGAAUACCAGAAUGGUUUAAAAUACAACAAGAACGAAUGUCAUUCACUCUUCCACCACCACCACCACAACAACAACAAAAUCAUGGAACAGUGCGGUCAAUGCUACGUAAUGAUAAUUUCAAAGACCAAUUUGUACAGAAUGAUUUUUCACAACUAUUUGCUGCAUUAUGGCCGAAAAAAUGUCCAAUUGGAUAUACAGCACAUUUAGCUGCUAUGGAAGAUAUAUGCCAAGUAAAUUAUUGUGUUCAAGCAAAUUUCUUAAAAGAACACGUAAGACGUCAAUUGAAAAGGCCUCCAUUUGUUUUACCAAUUUAUACAAAAGAAGAGAAAUUACCAUUAUUUUCAAAUGAUCCAUAUGGUAGAUCUAUUUCGACUGAACUUUUAUUUGAUUCACAUUUAUUUAAACUUAGUGAUUCAAAUAAUUUCAUUGAAUCAAGUUCCAAUGAAAUACAUGAUAAAAAUGGUAAUAUAAUUAGAAAGAUUAAUGGUCGUUGGGGGGAGACUGAUGAAUUUAACAUGGAAAAUAAUAUUAAUUAUAAUAAUCACAAAUCACCAAAUAUUCAAUAUGCAUUCAUUGCAACCCUUAGUACAUUAUUACCAAUUAUCAUUGUUUUAAUUGUAAUCAUAUCUAUCCUUAUAUUCUAUCAUGUACGUCAACAAAGCAGAUUUACAUCACGUCAUAAUUAAGCAUCAAUAUACACAUUGAACUGUAAACUUAACAUCUGUAUGUGAAUGUAGAUUGCUUAAAAUUAACCACCGAUAAGCAAAUAAAGUUCAACUGAUAUAUCACAUGACAUUUUAUACAACAUUCUUUAUUUGUAGUCAGUUGAGUUAUUCUAUUAAUUUAUAUUUGAAUUCGUUAAUUC